UUGACACAAGAAUAAGGACCAGAGAUGGGAAACGUCAAAUUAUAUUUUGUGCCUUCAAAUAACAUCCAUUCACAGGAAUUAUCAAAUUAAGUGAAUGCCCGCCCUUGAAUGCUUUGAUACAACAGCUGACAUAGAUCAUACUAGUCUAGUUAUGUUUUGUAGGAUUUAGUUAAGAUUUUAAAUUGUGGAGGAAAUUGGAUGUCUUUUUAGCGUUAGGAAAUCCGGGAAAUGUAGAUAGUAAUAUGCAGAAUUCAUGGGAAAAAGAAGUGCCGAAUUUUGUGGCCAAUUGUAAGGCCAGACUACAAAAGAUUCUCGAAAGACUUAACUGGACAGAAGAGAGUGUCCUUAAGAAUUUUAACACAAAUUCGGUGGCCUCUGUCUCAGUAGUUCCUAAAUCGAGCAAGAUAUCUUUGUCUCCGAGAAAAGCUACAUUCCCGGAAAGUCUGGUUACAGAUAAUUCUAUUGUUCUAGAAACUCCAAAUCUACAAAAUCUCUUGAAUAAUGAUAGCAUUUCAGCUCCCGAAAACUUUAAUGAACUACAAGGCAAUUUCAAUAGGGAACAAAAAUUGCAAAUAUAUCAGCAUGUUAUAGAGAAUACCAAAAAAUUGGACAACAGCAACGUAGGCGAAGGGCCUGAAGGUGUUGAUUCCUUGGCGGAUAUUGUUGCUGCCAAGACUCGUGAUGCCAAACGCAAGAAGCGCAAGUUUCGCAAAAGCAAACCUACACGCAUAGAAGAAGUAAGGGCUUUAGUUCAAUUGCAAAUGCAGGCAUUGGAACAGUUUAUUGAGAAUCAACAUGAGGGACAGAAUACUAAAGAUUAUGAGGAUAAGCGAGAAAUAAACAGAGGGAAACAUACAAUCAGGGAUACAAAUUACAUUCAUAGUUCAAAUUCUCAUGGAAUGAAAACGGAAGAAAGUACUUAUAACUGCAAAAACAACUCAAAAGAGCAAAGCUACAGCUCCUACAGAAGCAGCAGAGAUAUAUCCGAACAAAAUUAUAACAAAAAUAUACACCCGAAGGAUACUCAUUAUAAAAAGCCUGAGGACAGACAACACGAUUAUGGAAAGCGUGAAAGGAAACAUCGCAGUCGUAGUCCAGCGCAUGACAAAUACAAAGAGAAACCUUAUAAAGAUCAUACCAAAUACAGAGAAAGCAACCACUAUAAAAGGCAUAAAAGGGAUCACCGCAGUCGAAGUCCUGUGCAUGACAAAUAUCAGAAUACCAGAUCCUCAAAGGAUCACAAAAGAUAUGGCAGCAAAGCAAGGGAGUAUGAAAAAAGGCUCAGCAAUAGCCGAGAAUCUCGAAAGCACUAUGACAGAUAUGAGAAAUCAACCAAAGAACACAAGAGACGGCGAAGCAGAAGUUCUCAUUCUAGCGACUAUUGUCCCGACAGCAAACGUGAUAGACACUAUGACCGUCGCAAGAGUAAAAGUCCUGGUUCGAGUAAAAGCAGAGGGCAUGAAAAAUAUGAAAAAAGUAGCAAAGAAAAAAUAUAGCAAAUACUAUAUUGGAAAAUGUUGAAGACUGAAUUGCUUAAUUGUGAGUUGAAGACUGAAUUGCUUAUACCAACCUCUGAACUAAUGAAAACAUUUUUAUAGAUCAAGCUUAUCUUGGGAAUUUUGUAUCAAUUAGUCAUUUAAAUUGUUAUCGUUCCCAUAGAUAUAAGAAUUUGCAGACAAAUUAUAAAUGUAGAAAUGCAAAUCAUUUCAUUGUCUAUGGUAUACCCAAUAAUUUGUUCCAAUUUCCAAUCAAGGCAUAAGACUGCAAUAAUCAGAAAAUCAGUGUACUGUAAAUUUUUCGAAAA